UAGACUGAACGAAGUUUUAGAGGGGGACAUUUUGGAGUUGAAGUGUAGAUUUGGCACAACAAGUAAGCUUGAGCUACACAUGUUUCUCUGCAAGAACGGGGUCAGAAUCAAAAUGGAAACAGUUAUUGCCAAAAGAGAGUGUACAUUUCAGCUUCCCAAUGUUACAAAAGAAGACUCUGGGAAUUACACGUGUGUGUACAAACAAACAUCUAAUACCGUGACUGGUGUUGGGAAAAACUCCAUCUUCAUCCAAGUCAAAGACUUUAUGAUGGCUCAGAUUUUUGUAAACACACCUCAUGUAUUUGAGGGUGACAAUGUGUCUGUGAAAUGUACUAAUUUCAAGGCCAAACCCCAAAAAGGACCGCAUAUUUACCUUUGCAAGAAUGAGACUGGAGUCCAAAUGAAUACAGCACACGAAGGAGACACCAGUUUUACACCCAGACAUGUCAGAAAAGAAGACUCAGGCUAUUACAGCUGUGUGUACUCAAUAAAGAAGCAUCUCCUUAGUAAAGUGACUUUGACAAUCUUCAAAAACUCUGUCAUCAUCGAGGUCAAAGAGCAGGGUAAGAAUACAUCAUCAAAUCACACUUCGUCUCAAAACACCCCUUCUCAGACAAGGAUCAUAUGGGUUACCAUUCCUGUCAUUUUUCUGUGCAUUGUUGGAGCCCUGUCCUGCUUCUACAAAAGACGUACGUUUUUGAGUCCUAUUGAUAUCACAACCGCUGAUGAGUUGAUUUUCUUGUUCAAAUCUAAAUGA